AUGGGGAGCCAGAGAGCGGUGCUGAAAGAGGCCAGAUACCAGAAGAUCCAGCCCAAACCGAGGAAGGAUCGCACCCUGACCGCCCCGCUCUGUCUUGAAGGUGGGAAUGUUUGCCUGGCGGUGCACUUCAUGAAACGACACGUCAACCUGAGAUGCAUUAUCAGGCAGCACUACAGAGAGUUGCGUGUGUUUCCUGAGCGUGUUGUAGUGUGUGCCAGUCCUCCAGAGAAUUCUGCACUUCCCAGUGGAAAUCUGAACCUGGAUGUGAGUGAACCAAGCCAUUCAAAGUAUUUUUCUGGCUCUGGCGAGAUGAUAGAUCCAUUACCCAUCUCCACAGCAACAAAAAGAGCCAUUCUUCAGAAGAUUGCCAGGCAGGCUAAAGUCCAACCCCAACAACGCCAAGAUGAUCAAGCGGACAAAGCUGAGAAGGGGUCUUCUGAAGCAUGUCAUCCUGUCACCAUAUCGUCUAGCAGCUUUCUCACGGGUGAGUCAUUGGAGGAAGGGAAAGCCGUGUUGUCAUCUAAAUUAAGUAACAGUAAAAAGAUCACCGAACCACAUCUUGACACUACCGGUCCGAAGAGACGACCACGGACCCCAAGUAGCUCAGGAGAAGACGCUGACCGCCAAAAGACAAAAAGAUCUCGUCUUGGAGAGCCUGCAGCGUCAAGCGAUUCCAACAAUCCCUCUUCUGACGUUGCCGCUGCAGACUCCGUUUGCAGUCCCCAGCCUGAGAUUUCACAGACUAACCAAAGCGGGCUGGCUGCAAGUUUGAGAGGCCUAUCCGUCAAACCCGUAUCCUCUGGCUUCUCUAUUAGUUCCAGAUCUGUCGCCAGAGAGGGAAGGAAGGGGGGUGAGCCCAGAACAUCCCGAUUACGCCGGCUCAAGAAGUCCUGAGGGGCGCAGCGGCAUAGAACGAGAGAGGAUGUCUGACGCCACCACGAUGGAUGUUACAGUACACACUUCUACUGUAAUACUGUCUGUCAGCGGCGGUUGCACAAGAGUUCACCACACACAGUCUCUGCACAUACAGUACUUCCUUUCUCCCUUUAAAGUAAAAAACACAAAACUGCUCAAACGCUUGAAUUAGAUUACCAAGAAGCUCUCAAAUAUUUGAAUCGACUCCACUAGCAACAACUUAAAAGGAACUCAAGCAAACAGUAACUUCACUCUAAACAAAAACACAAAUGCAGUUUGCGUUUUCGGCGUAAGAUUUGUAUUUCAGACUAGCGGGAGCCGUUGAGCACACUGUGGCUUCAAGCCCAAAUCUCUGGCUCCAUCCGUCUGAAAUCUCCACUCUUCCAGCUUCAGCUGAGCACAUGAUUGAUUUUGCUGUGUUCUCACAUACACCGCGCUCCUUAAGCGAUCAGGGGUUUUCACCGUUGGAGCCGACUGUCGUCUCCCUGCGGUUAUUAUUUGUAAAUGUGUUAUUGCUUUUCGUAACAGCUAAAAGUCUGCUGCGGGAUGACUGACAACGCUAUAGAACGCUGUAGUGGCGCUCGCGUCCGAUAUUUGGCUAAUCACGGGUGCAGUCGACAUUGAUUUAGUGUGUGAUGGCAGGAUGAUUAUAUGUAUGGACAUAAAUUCGUUGAGUCACAUGCUUUAUUUUCCAGCCGUGCUUACAAAUCACUCAAUGUUUAUGUAUUUAGUAUAAAAACGUUAUCAGAAUAUACAAACAUUGUGCAGCAAUAAUCCCAUAACGUGGCAGUCGGAAUGCUUCUGGUUACAACAUAUUUCACUGUAUAUUCUGAUGUUAUGUCAUGAAAUUAGAAUCGUUAAAGAUAGCAAACCAUUUGUUCUUAAUCAAACGUUUGCAUUGAGAUACUUGUGAACUAAAUGUCCAAGGAAUACCUUAAAAACUGAAUGCAAUCUAUUGUA